AUGUCACGCUAUGGAGAUGACCUCGAACGGAGAUUCAAGCAGAGGCUGGGCCUGGCCGACGGAGUCAGUCUUAAGCCAUGGGCGAUCGUGGCCGUGCUCCUGGUCGUAGUGUUUGGGUUUAUGUUGAUGCGAUAUCAGAACACAGGGGAUGGCCGAACCCGAACCGGUUGUGGAUUCUGAAGGGUUGUGGAGAUAUUUGAGGGGGGUGUGACGGUCGUAUAUUUUGGAUUUCUUUAGUUAUUCAUUGGAGAUGGGGGAUGGUGGGAUUGGGAAUAGGGAUGAUAUUUAAAGGAAUUAGCAAUUAUUUCUCCUUGAA